AUGUCGCGCGAAACGACCAGCCACAAACCAACGGAUAGCAGGGCGCCCCUCAGCGAAGCCCAGAAGAGUGCCGCCGCCGCUUUCAUGGGCCAGACGCUCAAGAAGGGAAUUAAGACCCUGAAAGUCGAGUUCGCCCGAAACCCCCGCGUCUACAACAUGGCCAAGUGCACCGUGUUCAGCCGCAACCAGAAGCUGAACAGAUACAAGGACGUCGGCUGCCUCGACCACAACCGCGUGCGCGUCGCCGGCGCCAACCCCGACGAGUACAUCCACGCAAACUACGUCGGCACCUUCCUCAGCCCGAAGCGCUUCAUCUGCGCCCAGGGGCCCAUGGACGCGACGUGCGGCCACUUUUGGAUGAUGGUCAUCCAGGAGAAGGUUGAGUCGAUCAUCAUGUUGUGCGAGUACGAGGAGCUGCACAAGCCGAAGUGCGCCAGAUACUACCCGGAGGAGAAGGGGCAGGAGAUGACCUUCCAAACACCUGAGCACGGUCCGAUCAUCCUCACCAACGAGCUCGAGCGCGACUUCAAAUUCCGGCACGAGACCCCGGUGAAAAUUCGCGUGUGCACGCUGAAAGUCGCCGGUCUCGGCUCCGAGAUGACGGUCACGCACUACCAUUGGGUCAAAUGGCCGGACCGCGGCGCCCCACCGCCCGACGAAGCCCCCAUUGAACUGCUCGAGAAGGUGGCCAACAAACACGCGGUCCCCAUCGUGGUGCACUGCUCGGCGGGCAUCGGCCGCACCGGGUCCAUCGUCUUGCUGCAGGCCAUCCAGGAGAAGAUCCUGGUGCAGGCCUGCGAGCAGUUUGAGGUCGAGGACCUGCUCAAGGAGUGCAGGGAGAGCCGCGCCGCCCUCGUCCAGAUGGGGCCCCAAUACUACUACGUGCACGAGGUGCUGCUCAACCACUAUUAUCGUCGGCUCGGGAGCGCAGUGGCCGGCUGCGAGAAAAACCUGAAGAACUUCACGGUCGACUACAACAAGGCGCUCGCCGAGACCACCAACAACAAA